UGUCAGGUAGCUGAGAAUGCGUCUAUCCAAAGCUCUAGUAGACAUGGACAUGGCAGACUACAGCGAGGCCCUGGACCCAGCCUACACCACUCUGGAGUUUGAGAACAUGCAAGUGCUCACCAUGAGCACAGACUCCUCUCCGGCUGAGAGUGCCAACAUGAAUGCCCCCAACCACCUGGGGGCAGGCACCCUGUGUGCUAUCUGUGGAGACCGGGCGACCGGAAAACACUAUGGAGCCUCCAGUUGUGACGGCUGCAAGGGCUUCUUCAGACGGAGUGUGCGCAAAAACCACAUGUAUUCCUGCAGGUUCAACAGACAAUGCAUAGUGGACAAAGACAAGCGAAAUCAAUGCAGAUACUGUAGGUUGAAGAAGUGUUUCCGGGCCGGAAUGAAAAAAGAAGCGGUACAGAAUGAGAGAGACAGAAUCAGCACACGGAGGUCCAGUUAUGAGGACAGCAGUUUACCAUCCAUUAAUGCACUCAUCCAAGCAGAUGUCUUGUCCAGACAGAUCUCCUCACCUGGCCCCAUUAUCCACGGUGACAUCAGAACGAAGAAGAUCGCUACCAUCACAGAUGUGUGUGAGUCAAUGAAACAGCAGCUGCUGGUGUUGGUGGAAUGGGCAAAAUACAUCCCUGCCUUCUGUGACCUUCCUUUGGACGAUCAGGUGGCUCUACUGCGCGCUCAUGCUGGAGAGCAUCUCCUACUUGGGGCUGCCAAAAGGUCAAUGUUGUAUAAAGACCUGUUGCUAUUGGGCAAUGACCACAUAAUUCCUCGUAACUGUCCGGAACUGGAGGUCAGUCGGGUGGCUGUGAGGAUUCUGGACGAGCUGGUCUUACCGUUCCAGGAGCUCCAGAUAGACGACAAUGAAUAUGCCUGCUUGAAAGCCAUCGUGUUCUUCGACCCAGAUGCCAAAGGACUAAGCGACCCAGGGAAGAUCAAACGGAUGCGCUACCAGGUGCAGGUUAGCUUGGAAGACUAUAUCAACGACCGACAGUACGAUUCGCGGGGGCGAUUCGGCGAACUACUGCUGCUGUUACCCACGCUCCAAAGCAUAACCUGGCAGAUGAUUGAACAAAUCCAAUUUGUUAAGCUCUUCGGAAUGGCCAAGAUAGACAACCUGCUCCAAGAAAUGCUUCUCGGAGGUUCAGCUAACGAGGCCCCACAUGCUCCUCAUUCUUUGCAUCCACACCUGGUUCAAGAACACCUUAGCAACAAUGUCAUUGUGACCAGCAACAUGGCCACUCCAAUUCACAAUGGACAGAUGUGUAAGGGAACCACAUUCAAUGGAUCUUCUCUCUCUCUCUCUUUCACUGCAGCCACUCCGGAGACUCCUAUCCCAUCACCCCCGGCAGCCUCUAGCUCUGAACACUACAAACUGGCUCAGGGUGUUAUAGCAACAGUUCCCAAGCAACCAACCUCCAUUCCUCAACCCACUAUCACCAAACAAGAAGCCAUUUAAACUCCCACUUCAGAAUACAGCAUUCUAGUAUUUAGUGAAUUUCUCUUACUUAACACACACAUUAAAGGUCUGUUUGGGCCAAUGACAAAAAGAAAAAAAAGUUUUUUGCACAGGCAUCUGAACAGGACAAUACAACUGGCACGUAAAUAUUCACAAGCUAUUAUUUUUGUAGCUGACUGUACAAAGCAAAUACAAAAAUAUAUAUUUUAUUGGUAUUUGUAAUUUUAAGUGAAUACAACAAUGUAGUCCCUGCCAGAUCUCUGUCUCUGUGACGUGCUGUACAAUAAGAAAAAUGAUAGACUAAAAAUAAAUGUGUAGAAAACAACAGGAGCUCAUCCCCAUUAACAAUAUAUGACCAGGUCCUUGUUGUGUUUAGCUGACCUCAUCUGUAGGCAAUGUGUUUUUAUAGUGAUACAUAUUUAUAUUCCCGUAGAAGAUACGAUGAUAUUAACAAGUGAGACUGGGUCAUAAGUAAACUAUGUCGGUUAUUAGAGUCUGUGUUAUGAAUUUCAUGAAUGUUACAAGCAGGCCUUACAUCUGAGGUGAAUCAGAUGAUCAUAUUAGUGUACAGUAUUUUAACAGCUGGAUACAGCAUUGCCACGGUUAAUUCUUUCAGGUUGUGAAUACCAGCCAUGUGCCUUGGAAAUAUUUUAAUUACCAAAACUGUCAGAAGUCCAAUGGAAAGGAGUGUAAAAGUAUGUUGUGUGUCUCUCUUUGUCUUUUUGGAUCACCCAUAGCUUUUUAAGAGGUAUAAUAUCAUAGAACUGAAGUUCCAGAAAUACAUUUUUUUUGAUGUUUUCACAUGUAUCCCUUUUUUAUCCUGUUUCUUUGUGGUUGUUCAUUUUUUCCCCUUGAGCAUCACACUCAGAAAUGUGUAAAUAUAAUAUCUGUGUGUUUAUUGCUACACUGGCAUAGUCUCUUUUGAAGUACUGGAUUACAAGAGAUUUUCCAGUUUUUAAAAUUAUGCAAAAAUGUGUAAAACUGCUUCAUAUAUUUUGUAACUGUGACUAGCAAGUAUCUGGCCAAUGUUUUGAGAGAGAAUGUCAUGGUUGCUUUCAUUACUAGUUUUGAAUGUCAUUUUAAUAAAUAGAUCUGUUAGGUGUGUGUGUGUGUGUUUGACUAAAGUAGUGUUCUUAGUCGCAACGUAUUGUUUGCUGGCUGUUGAAUGAACAGUGCCUUGGCACUACUGCCUGCAGGGAGACCGCUGAUCCAAACCUUCUAAUGUGAACUGAAAUUAAAUGUCAAGCAGUCAUUUUUUAUA